AUGUUUAUUUUCAGAAACUCACCCGACCAAGCUCAACUAGCGUUGGAUGAGAUGAAUCAGAAAAAUUCCCGAAAAACGUCGACACGAAAGGUGCCGGCCCAGAUUACCGAUCUUCCGGAUCGUGCACUUGGUAUCAUCUUUGCAAACUGCUCUUCUACUGACAUGACUCGGUGUUCCCUUGUCAAUCGGAAGUUCCGCGAGUUCAUUGAGGAUCUGGAAGAUGAACGUUCUGAAUCGCUUCGAUCCAGUCAGAAGGCCAAGAUCUUCAUUUGCGACCGUAAACGUGCUAUUCUCGAAGGUGUAAGCACCAUCACACCAACUCGUCUUGCCAGAACACCAAAAAAUAGUGAGUGCUCUGAUGCUGGAUCUACAUCCUAUUCCUCAAUCGCUUCCACUUCUUCAUCUGGAGCUGGAAGCCUUGGCUCAAGCUCAAAAACUAAAACGAGAAAGCAGCAAGCUGAGCAAAAACAAGAUUUGCGCAGGAGGAAUAUCAGUGAUCGAACCAAAUCCACAACAACAUCCGACGACAGUUCUGGAUUCCAUUCCAAAGCCACCGCCUUCAUCAGCGAUCAGUAUUCUGAUCCAAUUAAUCCACACUGGGCGUUCGAUUUCGAUUUCGCACCAUGGCUCCAAGAGUAUGAUGUAACGGAGGUCUUCUUCAAGAACUUCUGCUCAUUCCUCGAACGCGAGAAAAUUGAAGAUCCGAUGUCCCCGAGUUCUUAUAAGGGAAGAACCGCUUUCUAUGAGAACCAUAAUCGAGAUAACGCUAACGCAGCAUCACUGGCUGAAUGCCAAAUCACUGAUCUGUCUGAUGAUUCCGUCAAAGAAUUGAAAUCCCAAUCAGCAGGUCGUAUUGAACGACUCGUGGAAAGACUCGCCAACAUCCGAAACGCUCAUUUCACUUUCAAGGACUCCAUCUGUUACGGGGCUCGUCCUCCAGCCACCAUCUUCUACUUCUUGUCAUUGAUGCGCGAGAACUUGCGUGCUAUUACUUUUGAUCAUGUGCAAUCUGCAACUAAGAUCGAACUGCACAAAGUUCUCACAUUGGAGAACAUCAAUAAAUUGACUGUGAAUCAGCCACAAGAAAGGCAAAGCAUUUUUGUGAACGAGGAACUUUUCAAAGAUUGGAUGAAACUUGCUGAUCCAGUACGGAAAGUUAUCUCCGUCCAUCUGAUAGGCUGCCAGGAGUUCCGCCCACAAAAUCUCUACGUCGUGGUUCAAGAAUGGCUGAAGCUCGAGAAGCCAGUGGAGUUCAAGCAAAUUUCCAUCGAUGGUGGGCCAUACAAAUACAACGAUUUCAUGGACCUCAUCGAACGUCUCCAUGACGUUAUCGAGCAGGCUCCACCACGCAGUCCGACAAAUCGAUCAUUUGGAAAAUCACCAAACGAGCAUACAGUUGUACUCGAGAGAACAUGCCAAAUUCCACAUCCAAAGGACCGAAGAUUUGUCAUUACUUUCAAAUACUGCAAGCUAUCAAGAAAAAUGGUACUAGCCAUCGAGAAACACAAUUCUCCAGUUCCACGGACAACACUGUCACCAGUUCCCGCAUUGACACGUCUCAUUCGUCCACAGUCUGCUGCAUCUGUGAUCUCAUCGCCAGUUCGCAAGCUCUCUGCUUCACUCAAAUCAGGAUCACCAAUUCCCACCAAUAAUAGCAGUGGACGCCAACUUGGACGCCCACUCUCCCAUGAUCCACUUCUUAUGACAGGAUGUCGUGAGAACGCAGGAAGUAAUGUCUUCACACGAAUUGUCAGCUUCUUGGGCACAUCGAGUUAG